AUGAGGAAGAUCUUCUGCUUUGGGGCAGACCAGGGUGGGCCGCCCUCCGGCCCCUCCAGCCACCAUGGCCAGACCAGAGAGGGCCUGGAAGGCGAGGCUGGUGACAGCGCCUUCCUGCAGCCACGGUACCACAUCCGGAAGAAAGAUCUCGGCCAAAUCCACCAAGCUGCCAGCGCCGGUGACAUCGCGAAAGUGGAGCAGAUCCUUUCGCUGAAGAAAAAGGUCUUGGAUGCCAGAGAUAGAAAGAAGAGGACUGCUCUCCAUUUGGCCUGUGCCAGUGGCCAUCCAGAAGUAGUUACUGACCUGGUGGACAGAAAAUGCAAGCUCAAUGUCCCCGACAGUGAAAAAAGGACAGCUCUGAUUAAGGCGGUACAAUGCCUGGAAGAGGAGUGUGCCACCAUCCUGUUAGAACACGGUGCCGAUCCGAAUCACAGUGACGUGUAUGGCAACACAGCUCUUCACUAUGCUGUCUAUGGCGACACCCCAUCGAUCGCAGCAAAGCUCCUUUCACAUGGUGCAAAUAAAGAAGCCAUAAACAAGGAUCACCUCACUCCACUUUUACUUGCUGUAAGUGGAACUAAAGAGGAAAUGGUAGAAUUUUUGAUACAGAAGAAUGCAGAUAUAAAUGCAGUAGAUAAAAUGAACAGAACGGCCCUCAUGCUUGCUGAACAUCAUAACUCACCAAGUAUACUACACCUUCUUGAGGAAGGUAUGGAUGUUUUUUCUGAAGAUAUCUCUGGAAGGACUGUUAAGGAUUAUGCCACUACUAGUGGUUUUAAUACCAUUCACCACCAAAUUUCAGAAUAUAAAGAAGAAAAGAUAACUGACGAUCUUUCUGAAAACAGCAAUCCAGGGAAUGGUGGGAACCCUCUCAAGGCCAAUGUCCCGGAUCCCAGCCAUGGGCCAGCCCUGCAAGCAGGCCUUUCUAAGGAUGGCAGUCUCAUCCUUGCUAAAAAUGAAGAUGCAGAAUCACCUCAGGAUUUGGAGAAUGUCUCCACGAAUCUCCCACAGAAGUAUGGUGGUGAUUUACGGUGGGCUGCAGUUCACAAACAAGAAUACACCAUAAAUGGACAAGUAGAAGCAGAAGAAGACCUAGAAGUGACAUCAGAGAAUGAGCAAGAGGCAAAGAAAACACCUAAUGAAAAGAACAAGGUGAAAGAACAAAUACAGUCUAUGAGUGACCAUGAUGACUUAACUUGGUCAUCUGCAACAGCCCCAGAGGAUUAUUUUGUUAUCCUAUUGAAAAUGCAAGAUGCCAUUCUUUCCCAGCAAAGAUUAGUAGAACUUAAAAGCAAUGAGUGUGAAAGACUCACAAUAAAAAUUGGAAAAAUGGAAAACAAGGUUAGCAUUCUGCAAGAUGAGCUCUAUGAAGCCAAAAAAAUAAUGUCACAGUUAAAUUAUGAAAAAACCGUAUGGGAAUGUGAACUCUCUACUUUGAGAUGUACCUUAAAAGAAGAAGGAGAGAAGAGAAGAAAUGCUGAUCUGUUAUAUGAAAACACUCGAGAAGAGAUAAGAAAAAAGGAAGAGGAAUGCAGGAAAGAAGUUGAAAUGAAACAACAAGCUGAAGAGUCUGUCAAAACACUGAAUGCAGAAAUGAAUAUAUUAAGAAACUAUUUGUCUGAGCUUGCAGAAAAGUACAACAAGAGUCAGAGGCAGUUAUAUGGAGAGCGGAAUGCCAGACAGUUACAAGGUUGGAUUCUGGCCAAUCAACUUUACACACAAACUGAAACAGAAAUGACUCUGAGGGAAAUGGAAUCUCAGAUUUGUCAGAGUUAUGAAAAAGAACGAUUUCUCAUGUGUACAAAUGACAUGUUGCAUGAAGAAAUAGCCAUGCUACAAAUGGAAAUAGCCACAAUAAAAUAUCAGAAUGAGGAAAAAGAAAAUAAGUAUAUCAACCACAUUAAAAUUGUGGAAGAAGUGAAUGAGAACCUUCAAAUGACCAUGAAAAAGAAUGUGGAAAAGUUAACAGACACAGUAUCUCAGUAUAGUGACCAGCUUAAUGCUCUGGCAUGUGAGAAUGCCUUGCUAAAUGCUCAACUACAAAAUGAAAAAGAGAGCAAGGAACAACUGCAAGCAGAACUUGCAUCCUGCAGUUCUAGACUGACUGCUGCAAUACAUGAUCAAUACGUUGAUCAAAUUCUGAUGUCAGGAAGAGACGUCAAAAUGUCUUUCCAGAGAGCAGGACAUGAGUGGUUUUGCUUACGGAAUGAAAUAAAUGUACCUGUGUCUGAUCUCAAAGAAAACCAUGAGACUUUUGGUCAAAACUGUUCUAAGGCUCAAAGUCAAAUCGGUAGCCUGGAAGAUGAGUUCCAUAGCACAAGAAAUGUUCUGAGAGAUAAGACUCUGUCUUUGGAAUGUGUCCAAAGACACCUCUACCAAACAGAAUGUCAAAUGGAAAAGAUCAAUCAAAUGUAUGAAAAUGAACAAUAUCAAGUGAAGAAAUACAUUGGACAACAGGAAUAUCUAGAGGAGAGAAUAUCUGAACUAGAAAGAGGAAAUAUGUUGCUUCGAGAGCAACUGGUGUACGCUCACAGCAGAGCAGAGCAUAAAGAGGAGACACUGAUGAAUAUGCGAGAGCAAUUUCAAGAUACUGUGAAAAACCUUCUAGCUGAGAACGGAAAGCAAACCCGUCUGCUAGAAGAUAGAAUUAAGCAGUUAAUCGGUGAAUGCAAUCAGUUGAAAGAAAGGCUGUAUCAAAAUGAAAAAGGGAAACCAGAAGAAGCACAAGCAGCAUCGGAAGAAUACAGACGACAGUUGAGAGAGAAUCAUCUGGCUGCAAUAAGCAGUCAGAGGGAAUUCAGAAUGAAUAAUCUUGAAUCCCAAGUCUCCAAUAUGACAACUGCUCCAGAAGAUUUUCAUUGUAUUGAACUGGAAAAAUAUAAACACUUCUAUCAAUUAGAGUUAGAAGACAGAAAAUACUUGCCAAAGAAACUAAAAAUAGCUACUGAGAGGCCAGCAGCGUUCAGUAGCAGUCUUGUUGCAGAGACACAGGAGACCAGAAGUUUCUCUGGCCCUUGUACAAUGAGCACAGAGUCAGCUUCUGCUGGAACUGUUGUUGAUGGGUUAGGUCUUCACAGAGAAUUUCCUGGAAGAGAAUACUCACUGUUUUCUUCUUCCUGCCCAUGGACUUUAGAUACCAGCUUGAAGAAUAACUUGAGUGAGAUGCAGCAGGAGUUGGAAGAAAUAACUGUAGGACUAGAAGUAGAUUUAGAUCAUGUGUGUUUUGACAAGUGUAUCACAGAAGUGAUCCUGUGGAUCUUCUCUUUGCAUCCUAACAUGGGAUCUACAUCUGAUUUGUCUUAUUCCUGAUGAUGUUAGCAUUGACCGCUAAUGGUGGUAUCUGCUGUGUUUGAGAUUUGACUUGCUGAAUGAGCCAAGCAUAGUACCUGAAAUAAAUCUAACUCAGUCAGGUGAUACUGGCUUUAUAAAACUAUUUGGCAUCCACAGCUCAUGAGAAUUAUUCACAAAUAUCCCCUCUUGCCCCUGGGUUUUGUGAUUGGGACCUGAGUGUACUGGAUCUGACAUGUGGGCCCAUCCUCUGGGCCCUGGAGAUCAAUCCCUGAACAUAGCAGGGAGAAGCAUACUGUUCCCAAGUCCCUCCUGGGAUGCUCAAGCUGGAUCAAUGUCCCUCCACUUCGGGCUGUGUCCCACUCUGCUGAAGUCACCAGCAACA